AUGUAUGCUGCAACUUGCAAGGUGCUUGAGUAUCUUAGUGAUCAUUCUCCAAAUACCCUUCAGAAGAAAACUCAAGACAUCUUGACUGCUAUGAGAUUUGUCCGUACUACAAAAACUAUCCUUCAAACAUUGAGAGAAGAUGGCUGGGAAGAAUUUCUUGAAGAGGUGAAAUGUUUUUACUCAAAAAAUGAUAUACAUGUACCUGACUUUGAUGCUUCGUAUAUGGUUGGUCGUUCUCGUGGUCGUGAGUAUCCUACAGUUGAACAUCACUAUCACUUUGAUAUUUUCAAUGCAGCCAUUGAUUUUCUGAUGAUGGAGUUAGAUACAAGAUUUAAUGAGACAUCAUUAGAACUCCUUUCUCUCAGUGCAGUUUUGGAUCCAAAAGAUUCUUUUGAAUCAUUUAACAUUGAUAAUAUUUGCAAGCUUGCAGAGAAGUUUUAUCCUGAAAAUUUUUCACAGCAAGAUAUUUAUUGUUUGAAAGUUGAGUUGCAACAUUAUUAG